AUGAAUCUUGCAGGAUUGGCCGCUCGACCCGGCCUCAUGGCUCGAAGUGUCCUGGCGCACAACGCUGCCAGUCGACCCUUGACCUUGUCCCUGCCUCGCGCCUCUCCCUUUGCGACCUCCGCCCCCCUUUCCUGCAAAAGUCACAAGCCCUCCGGUGCCGCUGUUGAUGCCUCCGAUCCCGAGACUAACAGGGCUGGCUUGCGAGCAGACAAGUACACCGAUGGCCUGCGCCUGAACAAAGACUGGGCCGCCAACACCGCGCGCGAUCACCCUGAACUCUUCCCGACCCUCGCGACCGGUCAGAAACCUCAGAUCCUCUGGCUGGGAUGCUCCGACUCCCGAUGCCCCGAGACCAGCAUGCUGGGCCUCCAGCCCGGCGAUGUCUUCGUCCACCGCAAUAUCGCCAACAUCAUGCACCCCGGUGAUCUCAGCUCGGGCGCCGUCAUCGAGUACGCCGUCAAGUACCUCGGCGUCAAGCACAUCGUCGUCUGCGGCCACACUUCCUGUGGUGGCGUCGCCGCCGCAAUGGGCAACAAGGAGCUGGGAAUCUUGGACCCGUGGCUGCUACCUCUGCGCCAGGUGCGCGAGCGCAACCUGUCCCUGCUGCAGUCCCUGUCGGACGAGGAGGCCGCUCUCAAGCUGGUUGAGCUGAACGUCCGUGAGGGUCUCAGUGUCGUCACUCAGAAGAGUGCCGUCCUGAACGCCAUCCAGGAGCGCGGCCUCCAGGUCCACGGUCUUGUCUACGAUGUGGCCUCCGGUGUUCUUCGUGAGUUGGACAUUCAGGAGACCGAGGACUCCCUCAAGCACCGUCUCCUCGCCUUCAAGACCGAGUAA